UUUUGACUGUUGUUAGCCAACACUGCUCGAAACAGCUGAACGCAAGUGGGGAGCUGCUUUGUUGAGUCUCUCUCAGUGUUAUUGCGUGCAUUGAGGCUGAAUGCUUCGCGAAACGCCAAUUCCAGCAACACCUCCCCUCCUGUACUUUCCCGUUAUUGACGCCAAGUGACCGCCGCCGUUCAAAGAGCAACGUACGCGACUCCAACAAAGGCAACCACUUUAGUCGUCUACUGACUUUCGCCUGAGACGCAAGCGGAACGCGAUUCCUGCAUUCGCAAACAAAGCGAUUUCCAGGCCAUCCACCCACCAACCUGGAUAUUGGACAAACGGCUAUGUGGAAACAAUAAAGAAUCGCCUUGUUCACUGUUUCAAUUGUUUUCGUUGAACGGGAGGAGAAACUUUGCACACAGGUAGACACACAAAGGCCCCGACCAGGAGCGAGUGAGAGAUGCCUGAGAACGUGGAGCUGGUAAACAAAUAUGGCGAGCCGUUGCGCUAUGAUCGAAAUUUUCAGGGUCCCCGACAGCGUGAUCGCAGCUGCACGGAUGUGCCCUGCUUAAUACUAUUUGUGCUCUUUCUUUGCGGCUGGGCGUUCAUAGCCCACUAUGCCAUACGCAUGGGGGAUCUCAAUAAGCUGAUGGCGCCCACGGACAUGUAUAAUCAAAAGUGCGGCAUUGAUUCGAGCGUGCUCGAUAAAGAGUAUUUGUUCUUCUUCAAUCUGGACCAAUGUAUUGAUCCGCUGGUGCCCAUAACUGGCUGUAAAACGCCGCAAGUUUGCGUCAAAAGUUGUCCCACGCAGACGUUCGUUUGGGAUAAGAUGAAGAACAAUAACUUUGAGGAUCUGAAAAGUCGCCUGAUUUGCAAAACGGAUGAGGACAAGGCAGCCAUUAGCUCCAAGUCGGACAUUGAGCGUGCUAUUCAGGAUAAUCGUUGUGCGCGCUAUUAUAUCAAAAGUCAGCCCUUUCUCAAACGCUGCAUGUUUGAGUUCUCGGAUCAGGUAUGCGAAUUUCUGCCCAGCGUGCUGUUGCGCACGCGCCGCGACUCAAAAUGGUUGCUUCCCGGCAAUGCUAGUCAGGUGGAGGAGCUGCAAUUGCAGGCAAUGGCACUGACCAUGCAAACUGGGUUGCAAGCGCAGGCACGUAUGGCGCCACAAACCGUAAGCAAACAGGCGCCAGUGGAGGACCAGGUUGGACAAUGUCGCCGCCAGCAGCUAAACGGCGCAGUUAUUAGGGAGAAAAUGAUGCAAACGGAUACACGACUAGCCAAGAUGGUGGGCAAUCUGGUGGCACACUUUUAUAAUGGCACCCACGAUGCGCAGCGGCUGGGCGAGGAAAUAGUCGAGGAUUUGGUCAAUUCCAUGACAGUGGUACUUAUGGCGCUACUCUUCACGCUGAUUGCUUCGCUGGUCUUCAUUUCACUGAUGCGUUGGCUUGCCGCACCCAUACUCUGGUUCUCGAUCAUUGGCGUGCUCGUCGGUCUGCUGUUGGCCAUAUACUACAGCUUCAAACAGUACAGCUUCUGGAACAAGACACCGACGGUGCCGUUGCACGAUUUGAAUCUGCAUAAGCAAUGGCAGAAUCUGCUACAGGAUCCAAAGAUGUGGCUCUAUUUGUCCAUUUCGGUGUGCGUCUGCUUUGUUGUCAUAUUUCUGCUGGUCAUUGUGCUGCGCAAGCGCAUCCGGAUAGCCAUUGCACUUACCAAGGAGGGCAGCAAGGCUGUCAGCAGCGUCAUCAGCACCGUUUUCUUUCCAAUCUUCUCGUGGGUGCUAUACAUUGGUGCCAUUGGCUUUGCCAUUGGGGUUGGCCUCUAUCUGGGCUCCAUUGGCCCAUUAUCGUUCCGCAUGGUGCAGCGCCUAAAUGAUGCGGGCGAGGUUACCAACGAGCCGUGCGUUUGUGGGGGACCCGCUAUUAACUACACCGUGGGCGCUGCAUGUGAUCCAAAGGUAUUUCAACAGAAUUGUCACAUCAACCAAAGGCGCGAUUCCUGCAUUCAGACCACAUGCAGCUUUGUGGAGAUUGAUAAUCCCCCGCUAGUGCGCUGGGCCAUGGGCUAUAAUGUGUUUGGAUUUCUUUGGCUGAGCUUCUUUAUAUCCGCCUUUAGCGACAUGGUGCUGGCGGCCACCUUUGCCAGAUGGUAUUGGACCUUUAAGAAGCGGGAUGUACCCUAUUUUACGCUGACGCAUGCCUUUUGUCAAACAGCUCUUUAUCAUCUGGGCACCCUGGCCUUUGGCUCACUGAUACUGGCCAUUUGCCGGCUAAUACGUCUGGUGCUGGAGUAUAUUGAUGCCAAGCUAAAGAAGUAUGAUAACACGGUCACGCGCGCUAUUCUGUGCUGCAUGCGCUGCUUCUUUUGGCUGCUGGAAACCUUCUUAAGGUUCCUCAAUAAAAAUGCUUAUAUUAUGUGCGCCAUACAUGGCAAGAAUUUCUGCUCCAGUGCCAAGGAUGCGUUUAAUCUGCUUAUGCGAAAUUUUCUGCGCGUCGUAACAUUGGACAAAGUCACCGAUUUCCUAUUCUUUCUCUCCAAGCUGCUGCUCACCGCUGGUGCAGGCGUGUCCACGUACUAUUUUCUGGAUAAUAAUCCGUCCGUUAUACAGCUUAACCACAAGGCUGUGCCCACAACAGUGGUUGUAAUUGGUUCUUUUCUGAUUACCAGCGUAUUCUUUGGUGUCUACUCAAUGGCCGUGGACACGCUCUUCCUUUGUUUCUUGGAGGACUGUGAGCGCAAUGAUGGCACACCGGAGAAGCCGUAUUUCAUGUCCAAGCAGCUUAUGAAAAUUUUGGGAAAGAAGAAUAAGCUGCCGCAGCGCCAGCGUCGCAGCAAAUAGGAAUCCAUAGGCAAAGUCGGCUGGUCGCAAAACCAAAGCAAUAUCCCUUGAUACAUGUAAAUGACAGUGCAAAUUGUAGCCUAGACGAAGUAUGUUGAAGAUGCUUGCUUGGAAAGACAUAUCCAUUAUAUAUAUAUAUAAAUUAUAUUUAUAUAUACAUUAUAUUUAUCAUACGUUAACAUAAGCCACAGGUUGUGCGCGAAUAUUGCUCAUGCGAAAUUUAUUUAGAUGGCAACAAUUUGGGCCGGCUGCAAUAGGUAUUUACAUGCAAUGUAAAAUUAACCAACUUAA